CUUGCAACUAUCAUAUCUGGACGGCCACUCGCACACUGUACUCGUCUUAUAAGACUAGAUAGAGAGGAACCAAUCUGGUCCAAUUUCACACGAUCGACAUCCUCCGAAACUUACUUGUAGUGCCACGGAAAAUGGCGUGGAUGUCCAGCGGGCGAAGCAAUGCCGAGCUCAUUGAGAAUAUGCGAAGAUCUGGCUUGAUCCAGUCCGCAAGAGUUGCAGCUGCAAUGAAGCAGGUCGACAGAAAGCAUUAUGUACCGGACGCGACUGCUGCCUAUGAGGAUGCACCCCAAAGAAUAGGGUAUGGCGCCACCAUCUCCGCCCCGCACAUGCACGCCCACGCAUGCGAGAAUCUACUCGAAUUGCUACCUGAGCAUACACCUGAAGGGCAGGAGGCACCAAGAAUACUAGAUGUAGGUAGCGGUUCAGGCUAUCUGGCCGCUGUCCUUCACCGCAUAUCUCCCCAUUCACGCGUCAUCGGCAUCGACCACAUUCCAAACCUGGUGGCUCAAUCUAUCGACAACCUCCGAAAAGACGGCGGUCAAGUGCUCGACAAACAUACGGGCCAGAGUGGAGGUGUUGUGAUGAUCAGCGGAGAUGGGAGAAAGGGCUCGAAAGAGCAUGCGCCUUUCGGGGUCAUCCAUGUCGGCGCGGCGGCGCCUCAUAUGCCUCAAGAUCUUGUGGAUCAACUGGCAGAACCGGGCAGGAUGUUCAUCCCUGUCGGAGAAGGUUCUCAAGCCGUCUGGCAGGUCGACAAGUCUUUGACAGGAGAGAUUACGAAGAAGAAGCUGUUCGGUGUGAUGUAUGUCCCUCUCACUGACGCUGACAAGCAAUGGCGGGGAUGAAAGGUCCUGUGUUUACGAUUGGUUGUCUCUCAUCUUGGCCUGCAUUGUAUCAUUCUUCUGGUUUCUUUUAUGGUCUGUAUACCCUGACUGCAUUCAUUCUUUGGAUACGUCGGCGCUGGAUUCUCCUCCUGGGCUUCGAACUCCAUAGUCAAGAGAGGCCUGUAUGUGAACAAUAACAACCAUGAGAGUCACAAUGUCGUACUAUAGCUCUUGUACUAAUCACUGCUAUGCAUAUGUCACAA